AUGUGCGCAUGCGACUUUGCUCCUGGAGCCCCUCUCCAAGGAUACGAAUAUCCAGAUACUGUUUCGACAGCCAAGAUAGAAUCGAUAGAUCAUACAAAAGUUGAAGAGGCUGCUGUGAGUGCGCCGCAAGGAGGAGGUGGUUUGGUAGGUGAGCAAGGGCGAGAGACUAUGCCUAGCGUCUUCAUGGAUAGUGGGAGUAGGAACGGGUCGCAUACCAACCACGACAGAGACCGACACUCCAAUGGUACCAAUGUUGAAGCAAGAGCUUCUGAGAAAGGGCGGGAUAAAAUGCAGGCACGGCCUGAGCCUCAGCAGAAUAUGACACCAACCAGUCCAGCGAUGCCUAAUGGAAUGAAUGGGAAUUUCAUGGAUGGCUCAGCGCGACAGCAGAACCCUAUGGAGGAACCGAUCCCACAGGAUAUUCUCGAUCAUAUCCAUGAUCUCCCACCGGAAGUCGAACAUAUCACAGCCAAUUUCAUAUCGUUAACAGAGCUUUUGAACCGAUUGGCACAAUCAACUCAUAAUGAUUUAAGGCGGGCGAUCACAGAGUUAGCAGACAUGCCAGUACCCCAAUCGGCGAUUAACGGGAGUUCAUAUCAUACCGCCAGAGAAGAUGAUACCUCGAAUGAUAAUGUGAAGAAGAAGGUGAGCUUGAUAGAGUUUGCUCAAACCCAACAUGCUACUUGGGUCAAGCAACUGGUUAUACUGGACUGGAGUCGAAAAGCCGACGAAGUGAGCAAGAUUAUCGACUUGAGUGUCCAUUUGAUUCAUCAACGGGAACUGUACAACGGUAUCCUAGGGUGUCUUGGGCAAAUGAAAAGGGGCCUAUUAGACUUAGAUGUACCGAAUCCUGAUCUAAAAACUGCAGUGGAAGUUUUGUCGACUGGCAAAGCCAAUUGGAUGCCAGACCUUGGCUAUAUUGUGCCACCUCCAAUGACUCCCAAGGAUCUACUCAAAUCCCUGUUAACAAUCGAUACUCUAUUAUCCAUUCGCCUGAACCUGUAUGAGUACGAUAAGAUCCCCCCGCAAUUCAAAGGUUAUACGAUAAAGUCUGGACGUGUGACUUUCAAAGUGCCUGGAGAAUUUGAAAUUGACCUGACUAUCGCAGAUGAGGAUCAGGAGUCACAAUUUUGGUUUAUCGACUUUCGGUUUCUGUUUUCUCCCUCUCCUAGCAGAUUAUCACCACGACACCAAUAUCACAUAGAGAGUAAAGUCAAUACCGCAUUGGAGAAGGAUGGCCUAUCCGGUUGCUAUACGUAUCUACAUGAGAUGGUCCUGACCCACAAGAUUAGCGAAUUCAGAAGACAAGCAGUUGAGCUCUCUAGAAGUACCUGGAUCGAUGGUGUUAAGGUUGAACCGCUUAAUCGGGCACUAUGUAUCCAGUAUUGGCAGGAUAGAUACAAGAAAAAUGGGCCACGAAGCUGGAUUAUUAUUGGAGUUCACAGCGGACGAAGGAAGGAUGGGUACCAUGAUCCUAGAACGACGAGCCGACUCUUUAUAAGAUGGUUUCGUGAUUCAAAAGAAGUCACAGAUGCGGAUAUCCCAUUUGAUAAGGUCAACAUCUCACCCGAGCAACUCUUAAAGACUGUUAUUGCAAUGCAUGUCAAUCACAUCUUAAGCUCGACAUAUAGCAAAUUGGCCGUUAAACCUAUAUUUGCAAAUCGCGAGGCGGUCUUGUCGUUACACACAUCUAAAACUGAGCCAAAGGAGUCUGCACUCGGGGUACAAUUGACAGAGAGACAGCAUAUUCAAAUCACUAUAGAGCCUGUCACGGGAUUCUUCAUAUUCAGUCCAGCCUCUCGAACAAUCACCUCGUCACAGAAUAAGCUUAAUAGUCUGGAUAUAGAUCCUGCUAUGGAUGCGCAUCUGGGCAUCGAAACCCUUCGAUGUCUAGCAAUUUCCGAAGAGCUCAUCAUCCUUGGCACCAGUGUUGGAUGGAGAAGGGCCGACAACCCUGGAAUAUCGCGAGAAGACAUGAAACGUAAAGUUCCUAAAGACACAAAACAAAUCACUUGGUUUAGGAGACCUGGAUGGCAGGAAGAUUGGCUUGUUGCCGUUACAUUGGGCUUGAGUGGGGAAGCUUGGUGGUUAUUUCAGAUAUCGAAACAACCGACGGGCGCGAAAGUCUUAACAUCUAUCCACAUACCAAUCAAAGCCGUUUCGCCAACGCCCUCUUACGUGUUCAUGUCUACUCUUCAUAUCUUCGCAGGAGGGCUCAUCUCGCAAUAUACUAAUCUCAAAGCUCUUCACGAUAGACGGAUUCGUCAUACUAUUCGACAAGCAAGCCCACCUUCUGCCGUUAAACUUCCUUCAAUCUGGAUACAUAUUUCUGAACUAUUACAAGCCAGAGCGAAACCCUCAGCACCAAAAACGUGGGCAAAAGAUUUUCUAAAACUGACUUUUCAAGGGCUAGAGCCAUUCUUCGCACUUCCAUCUCUGCCAUCUCAGGCGCUAGUUGAUGGUUCACAGCCUAUUCGCCCUGAGUUGGAGCAGAAGGCUGUAAUAGUCACGGUCGCGCGCAUGACUGUACCUAUCCCUGCUCUUUCGGUCUUAAACGAAAAGAUAGACGAAGACAUUGUGUUUCAAGCUAAAACAGGGGAAAUUGCUUUCAGAUUGCGAUCUCAGGUUGGCGAAUCGAUAAUUCCAGCCCUCAGUGAUCGUUUGUUUCAAGUCGAGCGUCUUAUUUCUUGUACUGCGGUCCUUCGUAAACAUGAAAAAGCUAUCAAGUGCGACACCAUUACACUACAAGAAAUCGCAUUUUCUUAUGGAAUGCCGCCGGUAUCUGAGGCAGGAUUGGCCAUGGGUGCGGGCAAGACAGCACCUCUUUUGUACAAAGCUGUGGUUAGUUUCGGCUUGGUUGAAGACAAAAUGAAACUAACCUUGGAGACUGGCAACCCACAUAUACGUGUUUUGGAUGCCUUGGACAAAAUUUUGAAUAUCGCGAAGGGAGGUUUCGAUGCCGUCGCAACUCUGCUUCCACAAACUCUCUACCCUUUGCGGGCUUUCGAAACCAUAGAAGAUGCUUGGGCCUCUCUUCAUAAUAAAGGUGAAGUGUUCGUGUUCGUCAGAGCUUUCGAGUGGUUCAGUCUUCGUUACGUUCUCAAGCCAAGCACUUCCAAUAUGCCUUCACGAACAGUCUCUUUUGAUAUCAAAAUGUGUCAUCGAAAGCAUAAGCCAUGGUGGCUUAUACGUCGUACCGAAAAAACCGACAAAGGCGGGAAAGGAGAGGUACUUCCAGACGAUGAAAUCGAUGCCCGUUUAAGAUCUAUCUGGGACUUUCCAGGAGAUGAUGACUGGAAGGGAAUGCGUACCAGCGCUGUUGGCUGUGAUCGUGGUGUUGAAACCUGCCUCGAGAAAGUUGAUUUAGUAAUGCGAGGUCUGUCUCAAAAGGACCUUGUCGUUCAGCCCUCGCAGCAUUCUCAAAUCAGAAUGCAAGCACAAGCUGUAGGACCCCAAGGACAACAAACCUCACAUCCCCAACAACAGAGACAGCUACAAAUACCCACACAGGCACAUUCCCAGAACUACCAACAGAUUCAAGGAAGUAGCCAAGGACAACAACGCAUGCCAACCCCGAAUAUGAACAUAAACCUGAAUAUCAAGCAGAACACGUUGAAGAGAAGAUCUUCCAAUCAAAGCAUAAAUCCGAGGCCGGCCAAGAGAGAAGUAGUGGAAAUCGAUUAG